GCAGUGAGGUUUGUGUGCAUACGGGCUGAAUGGUCUCACAGUUGUGUUGUGUAUGUAAACGUACAUCAUGUACAGGAACAUUUGUUGUUGCUGCUGAACAAUUCAGUCACAUCCAGACUGAACUCAUCAAACACUGUGGACACAUUAUUUGUUCUGAGAGUCAAGUCGAAUGAACAUUCAAACCUCAGUGAUGUCUUCACGUUUGUCCUAAGGUUCAGAGUCGCAGUGAACAGAGCAGAUCACAAAGAGCUCAAUCACACCUUUUGCAUCUACGCCUCCUCAGUCCUGUGCUCAAAAUAGUUUCUGUUGUUGUUUUCGGGCUGGGGGAGCAACAGUCAGAAUUUUGCUUUCAGUUCCAGAGCUGUGAAAACCUGAUGAAUGACAAAGAGAAGCUUGAAGUCAUGCAGUCGAGUUUGGAAGAGCUGAGGAAACGUCACAAUGAAAUCCUACUCGAACACACUGUGACAGUUUCCUGCUCUCUGGUUGGAGGAUCAACAGGACACAGAGACCUCCAUCAUGGCCACCGCUGACCUGCUGAUGGAGCUGAUCUACUCCUGGAUCGAGCAGAGGGAACGCUGUGCGAAUGAGCUGAGGAAACUGGCCAAGGAGCUGGAGUCACUCAGGGAGACGAUCACAGGCACCGAGUGUGUUGGCAGCUCGGUGUCGGUGGUCGGAGGUGUAUGUCUGAUCGGAGCUGGCAUAGCCACUCUGUGCACCGGCGGAGCGGCUGCUCCAGCUUUAGCUGUGGUUGGAGGAAUGUGUGCAGGUGCAGGCAUCACUGUGUCUAUGGCUGCUAAAAUCAGUGAGCACUUCUUAUCCAGCAGCACCAUGAAGAAGGCACAGGAGACACAGAAGAAGAGUAAAGAAAUUGAAGAGAAAGUAAAGAAACUGUUUGAGCAGCUGAAGGACGAGGUGAAGACAAUGAGUCCAAAGGGGAAGGAGGAGGACCCAGAUGAAGUAGACCAACAAGUCAUGACUCAAAUUCUGGGAGCAAUGGGCAGACGAAGUGGACUGGGGGAGUCAGAUUUCAGAUCACUUAGUAACUUCGUCAUUUCAUCACCACAGAGAAACAUGAUGCUCAACCAGAACCUCCUCAGCUCUGGUCCGAAUGUCUGCAUGACGGCCACACUACUUGGGAUUGUAGGAUGUUUCACUUUUCAGUGUCAGGGGAGAAAAUAUAAAAAAUUGCUUGCUGUAGGAGGUAAAAAACUCGCCAGCAAAAUAACUGAAACUGGACUUAAAACAGCUCUUAAAGGAGGCACCAUGAUCGUGGGAGGUGUUGUUACCCUGGCGUUUGAACUUCCUGAGGCGAUUGACAGCUGGAAGAAAAUGAUCGAGAACAAUAAUGUGACUGAAGCGAGCCAAUCCCUGAGAGAUACAGCCGACGACCAGCUAGCGAUUUGCCAGACACUGAAGAGACAGCUGAGCGAUGUCAGACGAAAGCUUGAGGAGUUAGCAGAUGUGAAGCGCUGCAUUGAAAACAGCAAGAGGAGUCCUGAGGACAAAAAGAAAAUGAUACAGUUUGUAAUACAAUGGUGUGAGGAUGAAGCUCUUGUGCAAUGGCUCAAAACAAAUUCAGAGUGGAAAGCCUUCUUCAAACUUAUUGACAUGUUUUAUUUACUACGAGGCAAGCUCAGUGAGGAAAUAGAGAAGAAGAAGAAGACAGACUGUGAGGACAUUGACAUCACCUUUGUGGCACAUGGAUCAAUUGAGGAGUCCAUGAUCCCAGCCAGCUACCUCCUGCCUCUGCCCACCGUCAAAGACGUGAUGCUGUAUUCUCCCUGGAACUGCUUCAUUUAUGCUGAUGUAGCGUAUGGCAUUGCUACAGGAAAGAUAAGACCUCAGCACAGAAGAUUCAAGUGUAGUAAACAUGGGGGCUGUAGAAUUCCUGAUCUCCUCCAUCAGCCCAGCAACCUGCCCAACCACUGGAACUCAAUGGAGAGUGCUGGGGGACAGCUGAUCCCAAACAUCAUCGUCAGCCCUGUGGGAAAACCGGGAGACGGAGCGUGGAAUCAUUUUGUGUAUCUAGAAAAGAAACACGGAGAAGCUGGUAGAAAUCGCGUUGUUAUCCCCUUCAUCCUCCCAGCGGGAAUCACUUCCUGGUGGGAGGAUGAACGAGUCCCUUUCUUUGUCGUCACGUUGGCCCUGUCAGUGGUGCUGUCCUUCUCCUGUUUUAAAGCUACCAUCCAUCUCGCUGCCUGUCUGGGUAAAGGAUCUGAAGGAACAAACCUCGAUGAGAAUCACCUGAAGAAUCAGUACGCCUGGACUAUCGACAAAACAGCAAUGGCAGCAUCAGGUGAAAUGCUACUCAACAGAGACUCUGACCUGUACAGAGCGCUUCAACUUGUGUUUGGUUAGAGAUCAACACUGAACAUCAAAAUGCUGUAAAUUUUGUAAAGUGAAGAAUUUUUUUCAAACCCAGUUCAGUUUUAGUUUGCUUAGUGGAUUUAUAGUUUUUGAUAUUUAAUCUGUAAUGAGGCUACAUCCCAGUCUGGUGUCCAGCUGGGAGGAAGCUGAGCCCAGCUGCUCGUGGUGAGUCGCCCUGUGAUCUGAGGUCCCCCUCUGUGACCCGAGUCCCCCUGUGAUCCGAGGUCCCCCUGUGACCCAAGUCCCCCUAUGAUCUGAGGUCCCCAUGUGAUCCGAGGUCCCCCUGUGAUCCGAGGUCCCCCUGUGACCCAAGUCCCCCUGUGAUACGAGGUCCCCCUAUGACCCAUGUCCCCCUAUGGUCCAAGGUUCCCCUGUAUCCCAAGUCCCCCUGUGACCCGAGUCCCCCUGUGAUCCGAGGUCCCACUGUGAUCCGAGGUCAUCGUCCAGGGAAACUCAAGUCAGCUGCAGGUGCCACAGCUAACUGAGCUAACAGUUACAGCUACAGCCAUAAAUAACUCCAGCAAACUGUACGGUGAGCAACACUGAAUGGUUACUCUGCUGAUAAGAUAAGAUCUUUAUUGUCACUGAACAUGUGCAAUCAAACUCUGUUGCAGCAAACCUCCAGGGGCCUACAGAAUUAAUUAAUUAAAUUAUUAACUCUAUAUCUUUUUUGAAACUGUUUUGCACACUUUUUGCUUUUUGGACUGUACUCUGUUCUUGUGAGCUGACACGACAUGUCAAUUUACAAAUACAAACUAUAUAGUUUAUAUUUGUAACUCAAACGUUUUAUAAUCUCAUGUAAAUCUUAAUUUGCUCUCAUGUAUAUUUCCGUUGAGUAAGUGGACGAUCAGACUGUACCAAGUGCCCGUCAGAGACAUUUUGUUUAUUUCUUUAGAGUAAGUAAGUAAGAGUAAGCUUUUUGGACAUUGUGAUUAAUUGUUUGAUAAGUCAUUUCUGUAUACUGACAUAAGAUAUAUUUACUAUACUUUAGAACUGGUUUAAUACUUUCAGCUUUAUUACGUCUCAUAAGUCCGUGUGACCUUCAUGAGUACGUAUGGAAGGACGAUGAUGCUUUGGAGCUGCAGGAGGGAAAAACAUCUGCUGUGACGGAGAUGAUGUUUUACCUGGAAGAAUUUCAUUGUACAGGGAAUCGUGUUUCUUUGGUGCAUAUGACAAUAAACACUUUGAUUUAACUUGA